AUGUCGUUCAAGCUUACCGCGUCACGGGCGCCAGCGCGCUAUGCGAAAAGCUCUCUGCGAGCUCCUUAUAUCACAAAGUCUCAUGACCUAGGAAAGCGAUGGAGUAGUGCUUGCACUUGGCUCACCCAAACACCCGAGACAAUCAACCCAGAGGAUAUCCUUUCAUCCAUUCCUACAACACACCACCAAAGCAACUCGAACCCCGUCCCUCUUUUACUCGUCACCCCAAGCCUCGCGCAUUGGCUCGAUCCUACAUCUCCGUUCCUCACUGAGUACAUAAAAAAACUGUACCAAAAUACCAACAACAAGCCCGACACAAUCUACGCUGUUGCGGCCGUGAUUGAUAAAAUCCCAAACAGCACUGCGAAAUCGCAAGCUUCAUUGGAAGAGUUUGAAGGCUUAUCUAGCUUGAUAGUUGGAGAAGCUAAUAUAAAAUGGAAGGCCGCGCCACCCCGUCGCAUUGGAGGCCCGGCUGAUGAGGAACCUAAUUUUGUGGUUUCCGUUAAUGACCAAAGCUCUGCCCAUGCAAUUGGUCUGCGAUUAGCCAAUACCGUGUUUAUCAAUGGGAAAGAACGAACAUUUCUAGGCAUGCGCUGGGUCGCUAGUGAGAGUGGGUAUAUCUUGGCUGAUUCCAAGAGCCUCGCGAGCUGUGUUGUCACAUCUACAGAAACCAACAUCCAUUCUACCGUGGCUUUGCCCUUGCAUCCUGUCACUCAACGUCGAAAAGUUAUAACGGGGAUGGGAAACAUUUUGCGGCAGUUGGCCAAGUCAAAUGACGGUUCUUCAGAUGAGCCGAUGCCCGCCUCUACUGAGCUGGAGAAGGAGCUUCCGCGAUACAUUGAUGAGCACAAUAUUGUCGAUCGGAGAGUCUCUGUAUGGGCAUUGGUUGAGAAGGCGGAUAACCAGGUUGAUUCUCAAUCCCCCUCCACGCAAGAUCGAUUGACCAAAUCAUUGCGCCAGGGUGGUAAAUUGCAUCGUGUUAUGAGUGGAGGAGGUGGAUGGGGCAAAAAGAUGGGUCUUCUUUCGCUGGAUCCUGAAAUCGCCUCUCCAACCACGAUUACUCAAGAUCAAGGCAUCAUCAGCCUGGAUCAAUUGUUCGAGUCCGAUUCUGCUCCCGACGAACCAAUGGAGACGCCUCCAUUCUUCGAAAGUGGCUUGAUCGGAGAAGAUCUUUCUCACCUGUCGCAAGUUGCAAAUCCAGGUGACUUAAUUCAGUUCUUUGUGGCAGUCGAGCCUACAGCCUCAAACGGGUUAACAAAUGAGGCUGCGCGAAAAUACUGCUUUGGGGUUGUAUCUGAAACCGAGGCAUUGGAAAUCCCGACAAAUGAUGUUAAAGAAAAGCUUCAAUUGGUAGAGAACACCUUUGCAGCUAUGUCUGAGAAGGCGAUCUUUUAUUCACAGCCUGUAUUGCAAGCGGGUACGGCGGUUGAGUCCAGCACAAAGCUGGACAUACCGGGAUGUCGAGUGAUCCUGGAAUCUGGGAAGCCAUAA